UUUUUCUAUCCUCUCCCUCAAAAACGAUCCCAGCAAUGGAAGACUCGCCUCUUUCAUCCUCCUCAAAACGCAAGAUGCCCCCCAUGGAUGGCACGGCCACCGACCACGACUCGUUCACCAAGGUCCCUACGCGACAGGAGAAACGCAAACAGAAGAAGAUCGACAAGCGGAAGCCUGAGUUUCAGUUCAAUGUGUCGGAUAUGAGGUAUGGGAAGAAGGUUACUUUGGCUCAUGUGCGCGAUAUGAUAUUGUACAUCUUGGCCGAAGCGCAGAAGCCCCAGUGGCUGCAGAUUGACCACAAAGCCUCCAUCUCCCAUGUCGUUCUUCUCCUCAUACCCGGUCUUCUUCCAGAACAUCUCGGCCUUGAUCCAGAGGUCACCCACUCCUCCAUGCCCUUCCCAAUUACUUCCCCUUCUGCCCCAUUAGAUCAGGUGUCCCUCAUCCCUGCACUUUCGACCUUGUUCACCUAUGGAUGCCCUACAAGAGCUCCGGGAGAUAAGACUAGGAUGCACUCGCCUAUCAACCAGUUGCUCAUGAGCCCUAUGACGGAUGCUGUGAAGAAGCAGAAGGAAGAUGAGAGCAAGGUUGUUCAAGACGAGCCCACGGGGGCUAAGAGGAACAUUCCCCUGCAAUACCUUGUCACCCCAAACCAAAUGAUCGACAACGACUAUCAAUUGCCCGCCUACAUCAAACCCAGCGACGUCCCCAUUAUCCCUGGCCUGGACCUCGAAACCAUCACCAAAGAGCUGCCUAUACCUCUUCCCAGCCAAGACGGCAGUGCAUGGUCUGUAAUUGGGGCGGGCAGUUUGCAGGGCAAGAACCCAAAGGGGAAUAGGAGAGAAGGUGGUUGGGUGGAGACGCCGGAGGCGAAGGGUCCUCCUGCGGAUGGAAAGUAUCCGAUCUUGGCUGUGGAUUGUGAGAUGGUGGUAUCUGCGGAUGGUGAUGAGCUGGCGCGCGUAUCGGUGAUCGACUUUGAGACAGGAGACAGCGUCUUUGACGAACUUGUCCAGCCCAAAGCUGAAAUCACUGACUAUAGAACUCAGUGGUCGGGUAUCACCCCCGAACGUCUCUUUUCAGCCACCCACGACCUCCCCGCCAUCCAAACCCUCCUUCUCCACGGCUCUUCCCCCAUCAUCACCCCCCACACCAUCCUCCUCGGCCACUCUCUCGACUGCGACCUCAGCGCCCUCCGUAUCCGCCAUCCCCUCUGCAUCGAUACCGCCCUCAUCUACAAGCACCCGAGAGGCCCGCCGUUCAAGCCGGGGUUGAAGUGGUUGGCGCAAAAGUGGUUGGGGAAGGAUAUUCAGGCGGGGACGGCGGGGCAUGACUCGGCGGAAGAUGCGAGGGCGUGUGUGGAUCUGUUCAAGAUGAAGUUGAUCAAAGGUCCGUCGUUUGGGAAUUCUGUCAACAAUAUGGAGUCUAUCGUGGAACGUCUUGGUCGAUCAAAGACCGAGUCGGGACGAGCGAGGACAUCGUGUUAUUGCGAUUACGGAGAUCCCAGGUGGCUGUACGGCGCCAAGGCUACGACAGCUGUUCAAGCUCACAACGAUGACGAUGUGGUCAAAUCUAUCGUCGACAACGUCGAGCAGCACGACUUUUUGUUUGGGCGCAUGCUGGAGCUUUCUCAAGUCCAGGGCUGGAACGAAAGCGACCCCACCCCCGACAACUCCCCAGAAACCCUCAACGCCGCCCUCUCAUCCCUCAGCACCCGCCUCUCCACCCUACACGCCUCCCUCCCAUCUAACACUGCGCUCGUCAUCGUUACCGGAAACUCCAACCCUAUCCCCAUGUUGGAUUUACAGAAGAAGAGGCAGAAUUGGGAGAGGGUGACAAAGUUGAAGGGAAGCACGGGAGGGAUGGAGGGGGAGGAGAGGUGGAUGGCGGAGGAUGAGAGGGAGUUGGAGGGGAAGGUGGAGGAUGCUAAGGCGGGGAUGGCGUUCUUGAGGAUAAAGAGCUAG